AUGCAGCGAAUAUUGCUCGGCUUGUUCGUCGCUGCACUCAUUCGUUAUUACGUUGCAACUCGACAUUACAAAACGAGGCGAAGAAGAUUAAUUUCUGCACAAGGUGAACGCGUUCUGCUAGUCGGUUGUUCGUCCGGCAUUGGCCGUGAGCUUGCACUACAAUACGCUUCACGAGGAGCCAGUUUGAUCCUUAUCGCAAGAAGGAAAAAGCUUCUCGAGUCGUUACAAAAAGAAUGUGAAAAUGCAGGCGCUAUACGAGUUGCUUUGUUGGCUGGCGAUAUUACCGAUUCAAAGUUUAUCAUACCUCAAGAAGAAAAGGAACACGGUCUGGAUACGGUGAUCUAUUGUGCAGGUGCCAUCUCAGUGCGUCAUUUCAUGGAUGCUUGUGGUUAUCAAAUACAAAAGCUCGAUGAUGGUACAAUUCAGGUGGUGGAGGAAGGCCAUGAAGAAACUAUGGAUGGAAAUGUGGAUGAAGCAAUGGAGCGUAUUACACAAGUAAACUUUUUCGGGUCUGUACGCCUUGUUCGUCAAGUCAUUCCCUGUCUCUUGACCAGUUCAAAGGCACCCAAUCUCAUCCUUGUAUCGUCCCUGGCUGGAAAAAUUGGUGCGCCUACAAGAGCUCUUUACGCUGCAUCUAAACAUGCUCUUCACGGAUUCUUUGAUUCACUUCGAAUGGAAUUAGCAACGUAUGGAAUGCAUAUUGGGGUUGUUUGCCCUGGCACUGUGGACACAGAUUUACGGAAAUCAGCCGUGGAUGGCCAUCUUGGAUGUGGCCCUAUUACAGGAUCUGUCAAUGGAAAACUUUCGCCUACUGCUGUGGCUACACGCAUUAUUGAAGCAUCUGAUUAUCAGGAGCGUGAAGUAUUGAUGCCAAGGAUAGGAUAUCUAGCGGUAGCGUUGAGGAUGAUCACACCAUCUUUGAUAGACUGGGCGGCAAGUAAAAAGUACCAACAAUAA